CGGACUUCCCAGCCUCCCUGAACGCAACCUAAUUUUCCCACUCUGAUUGGUAAUACGCUUCAUCUGUUUGAUGCCCUUUAAAUACCUGCCUGUGACAGCGUUUCUUCGCCAGAUCGUCUUGGUUCUACCCUGCACGUUUCCAGCCGUUGUUCUACCUGUCUGCCUGCCUGCCUACCUGCCUGUUGUUGACCUUGUUUUGGACCUGGAUUAUCGUCUCUGCCUGCCCCCUGACUGGUAUCUCUGUUUGUUAUUGGAUUUCUGGAUUAUUGACCCCUGGACUGGUUUUUGGAUGUGGAUUUUGGAUCACGGAAUAAUCUACUCUGCCCAGACGGAGAUAUUCAUUAUCACCCACUUCCGUGGGUUGGAGACCCUGACCCCCGCCAGUUAUUCCCCCACUAACCUGUUCUUUACCCAGCAGUUAUCCACCCACUCCAGUGGACUCCCCGUCCGGCUUCCCGGGUUCUGCCUGUACGAUCUCACCAAACUGCACUACAGCACCCGAAGAGCUGACCGAACGAGACCGGAUAGAUCACCAGUGCACAUUUACAUUGUUCAAAUAAAUUCCUUUUUACCUUUCACUGGAAUCCUGAUUCUUUUGAGUCCAAUCUCCGGGUUUGUGACAAUUACUGCAUUAAUUACAGAGAACAAGGCAACCUACCGGGAUGAGGUCCUGCGCCUGGAAGAUGGAUGUUCAGUGAAUAACCUGUCACUGAACGCCACCAAAACCAAAGAGGUCAUACUGGACUUCAGGAAGAACAGAGCUACCCCUCCACCCCUGUUCAUCGACAGCCAGUGUGUGGAGAGAGUGGAGUCCUUCAAACACCUGGAAGUCCACAUCGCAGCAGACCUCACUUGGACUGUAAACACUGCGGCAGUGGUGAAGAAGGCCCAGCAGCGGCUCCACUUCCUGAGGAUUCUCAGGAGGGAGAAACUAAACACCUAG